AUGGGUAUUGCUGAUGUUGCUAGAUAUAGAGUGCAACAAGAAAACGGUAAAGGAAUUGAUAGAAGACUGGGUAUACGAGAGAAGUUAAAGGAUACGGAUGAAGAGCCACAGGUUAUUGACCGCCCGUCCGAAUAUUCCAAAAACUCAUCAGAAAUGACUGUAGCUCUAGAACAGAAUAUACUACCAGAAAACAUCAAGGAUAACUAUAAUGUUAGAAAUACUUCAAACACAUUAAAAAGAAAAUUAAAUGAAGAUAACAUUGAUGAAAAAUUGUUAGAAAAUGCCACAUUGCUAUUCAACGAAUCGAAUGAUAUUAUCAAAAGGUUGGAAUCUUAUCUUAAAAUAGCUGAUUGGCCGUUUCUCGUUGAUAUUUAG